CUCCGACUCCGAAGAGUCGCGAUCGGUCUAUAUACGUCUUGGCAGGCCGGGAGCAUCGGGUAUAGUGUCGACUAAUAAUAGCCACGAGCCGCGGAAGGAGACGACGAAUUUUCAUUUCCUCUGUCUCUUUCUUGCGCGCGCGCAGCCUUUCUUUUUUUCGGCUCUCGCGCCCCCUUUUCUUUUUCUAGCUGCUCCGAGAAGCUGCUGUGUUCUCCUCACUCAAAUUGUGGAAGUUGUUUUGAUCGGUUCGGUUCUGCUGCUGGUGCGCGCUUUUACGUGAAUUAGAGUUCAGUUAACAUGGCGGACAAGGAAAAGAAGAAGAAGCCGAAGAAGAAGGAUGACGCCAAGAAGGAAGAAGCAGCGCCCACCCCCGAGGCAGAACCAACUCCAGAGAAGCAACCAACUCCACCAAAGUCCGAGACGCCGAAAUCGCCGUCCGGCUCGUCCAGGGCUAGCCGUGGUAGCCGAAAGGCGAAACGCACUGGCUCCAGUGUCUUCUCCAUGUUCACGCAGAAACAGGUCGCCGAAUUCAAGGAGGCCUUCCAACUUAUGGACCACGACAAGGAUGGUAUUCUUGGUCGCGAGGACCUGCGUUUUAUUUUCGACCAAGUAGGUCGUCUCGUCACUGACAAGGAGUUAGACGAGAUGGUCGGUGAGGCCCCUGGCCCCAUCAACUUCACCCAGCUGCUCCAGCUGUUCGCCUCCCGCAUGCAGGGAGGAGGUGCUGACGACGACGAUGUCGUUAUCAAGGCCUUCAAUACAUUCGACAACGGCAAUGGCAAGAUCGACGGAGAGAGAUUAAGGCGUAUGCUGAUGACCUACGGUGAGAAAUUCACCGCAAGGGAAGUCAACGACGCCUACGACCACAUGUACAUCGACGACAAGGGCUACAUCGACAUCGAGUCCCUGGUCAACAUGCUCACCGGCAAGGGCGAAGACGACGACGAUUAGACAACUCGCUUAUCAAUUUUACAUUACAUCAGCGCUGAUCAACAUCUCUAAAUGAUUGAGUAAAAAAAAACACGAGGAAGAAAUGAAGGGACAGAGAGCUCUCCAUUGAUAAAUGCCAACGCUAGCCCAUCAUCACGGCGGAGACUCUCUGUAUAUUUAUUAUUAAUAUACACACGAAAAAAAAACACACACUUACACGCGUUGUUAUAAAUACAAUAUUAUGCACACGCACACUUGUAAUGGAUUUAAAACAACGAGGAAGAAAAAAAAAACAAGAACAAGGAAAACACAAAAACUCUCUCUCUAUCUCUGUUUCUUAUUGAUCCUCGAUUUUGCCUCAGCGGCAGGCCCCUCGACUUCUCUCUUACACGCACUUUCUAUAUCUGUAAAUCUUCUUCUCUCUCAUUUUUCUGUCUCAUCUGUAUCUCUCAUUCUCUCUUUCUCUCUCUCACUCACGCUCACUCUUUUUCUCUUUCUCUCUCUCUCUCUUAUUUUCACCGCUCAUCUUGCGAAAGUCUAAAUUUAUUUAUUGCUCGGCGAAAGGAGAACGAGAGCUUCUUUUUAUUCUAAAGAACAACACGAUAAAUCGAUCUGUAGAAUAUUUCUUUUUCGUCUCCCGGUUUCUCUCGCGCGACACACGUUUUUUUUAUCCGUUGCGUGAAGAGCGAACGCGAUGGGCCUGCCGAUGGGGAAGAUUGCUUUCCUUGACUCCAAUAUAACUUAUAAUAAUAUUAUUGUUCAUAUAAUAAAAGUAUUUUGAGAAAAUUCA